UCUUUGUCCUCUCAUCAACAACAAACAUUUGAUCAAAAUUAAGAGUAAGGAUAUGGAUCAUAAGAGUGCAAGAGUCUCGGCCAAAACCCCAUCAUCGGGAGAUGAGUUAAAAGAUGUGAUUAAGGGAUUGAUUAAGCUCUUAAUGCUGGUGAUUUUCCUUGGAUAUGUCUUCAUUUGGAUCCUCAUGCCAACCUUAAUCUAUAGAACCAAGUGGUUGCCUGUCAUGCGUACUGAGUUUGGCUUUUCGACUUAUUUUGGUCUCGCAGGCUUGACCCUUUUCAUGUUAAUGUUCCCUAUGCUCCUCUUGGCUUGUUUGGGGUGUCUCUACCUUCACUUGAAGAAACAAAAGACUAAUAAUCAUCUCAUUAGGGAGAAGGCAACUGGAAGAGGCGUGUUGGCAGCCAUGAGAAGGCCAAUGUUGGUCAAAGGACCAUUGGGGAUAGUCUCAGCAACUGAGUUAAUUUUCUUGGCAAUGUUUGUGGCUCUUCUUCUAUGGAACUUCUUCAUUUACUUGCGCAAUGCUUUCCCCAUGAUUACACCUCAAUCAGCCGCUAAACUUCACCAAAAAAUAUGGCAAGCUAAGUUGGAGGCAAUGGCAAUAAGGAUUGGGCUAGUGGGUAACGCAUGCCUAGCUUUCCUGUUCAUACCGGUGGUGCGUGGGUCAUCAUUGCUUCCGGUUCUAGGGCUAACGUCAGAGUCGAGCAUCAAAUAUCACAUUUGGCUUGGUCAUUUGCUCAUGACCAUAUUCACGGUUCAUGGCCUUUGUUUCGUUGUCUAUUGGGCCUCCAUGCAUGAAAUCUCUCAGAUGGUGACUUGGUCUAAGACAGAGAUGUCUAAUAUUGCCGGAGAGAUAGCUUUGCUGUCUGGACUUGUGAUGUGGGCCACCUCAUAUCCGUCGAUUAGAAGGAGAUUCUUUGAAGUUUUCUUCUAUAGUCACUACCUUUACAUCAUCUUCAUGUUCUUCUACGUACUCCAUGUAGGCAUCGCCUUCUGCUUUAUCGUCUUACCCGGUUUCUAUAUGUUCAUGGUCGAUCGUUUCUUGAGGUUUCUACAGUCACGUGACAAUGUCCGGUUGUUAUCUGCACGUGUUCUUUCUUCAAACACCGCGGAGCUCACUUUCUCCAAAGCCAAAGAAUUGAUGUAUAAUCCGACGAGCACAUUGUUUGUGAACGUACCGAGCAUAUCGAAGCUGCAAUGGCAUCCAUUUACGAUUACUUCAAGCAGUAACCUCGAACCAGAGACGCUAAGCAUUGUGAUCAAGAGUGAAGGGAAAUGGUCUACCAAGCUUUACAAGAUGCUUUCUACUUGGGAUCAUGAUACUGACCGUACCCUCUCUGUUUCUGUCGAAGGACCCUAUGGUCCUGUUUCAACAGAUUUCUUAAGGCAUGAUGCUUUGGUUAUGGUUAGCGGAGGCAGCGGAAUUACUCCAUUCAUAUCCAUUAUCCGCGACUUGAUCGCCAUGUCCCAAACAACAACCACAUGUGAAACCCCCAAAAUAACCCUGGUUUGCGCGUUCAAGAAGGCUUCCGACAUCGCUAUGCUUGACCUUAUCCUCCCUUCAUCUGGUCUCAAGUUAUCAUCUGACCUGAAUAUCCAAAUCGAAGCUUUCAUCACCAAAGAUAAUGAACCAAGCGACGAAGAAACACAGAAGAUCAGAACCGUCUGGUUCAAGCCAAGUCCUUCAGACCGACCAAUUUCAGCAAUCCUAGGACCAAACUCAUGGCUCUGGCUCGCCGCUAUCCUCUCAUCUUCCUUCAUAAUCUUCUUGAUCGUCGUUGGCGUCAUGACAAGAUACUACAUUUACCCGAUCGAUCAAAACAAGAGCAAGUACAAUGCUGCUUCACGAUCCAUCCUUUAUCUUUUGGUCCUAUGUGUUAGCAUCAUGAUGACGUCAAGUGCAGCUGUAUUGUGGAAUAAGAAGAAAUACAAGGUUGAGGGCAGCAAACAGGUCCAAAACGUCGACGUACCAAGUCCAACAUCGUCUCCCAGCUUAUGGACUGACAGAGAAAUCGAGAGUACUCCUAAAGAAUCACUUGUUCAAUGCACCAACCUCCAUUUCGGUGAAAGGCCAGACCUCAAGAAGAUUCUACUUGAUACCAAAGGUUCAAGCGUGGGAGUGAUGAUAUGUGGUCCGAAGAAGAUGAGACAAGAAGUGGCGAACAUUUGUUCCUCUGGUUUGGCUGAGAAUCUUCACUUUCAAUCUAUCAGUUUCAGCUGGUGAUAAUCGCAUAUUGUUUAUAUACAUACAUAAUUCUUCUUUGUGUGAUCUUGUUUUUCUUUUGUGUGGUUCUUUGUGUAAUUUUCUGUUUAAUUUUCUGAAACGUGUUAUAUAUAUUGUGAAAAUGAUCCCUAAGAUUCAGCAUCUUUCUGUAUUUAACCAUUGUAUUGCCUUAUGUAACGAUUUGGUCUAAAUCGAGAAGUGGAGUACUGUAUUAUGUGAAUUUUGAAAUGAACGAUUUGUUUUUUAUCUCCGUUAGUACAUACUUACAAUAGUUUAUGGACCUCCAAAAAUAAUACGGUGGAUUUUUCCCCGAGCGCACCACCAUUGUUGCCUCAUAGCAUCACUAUCUUCGUCCAUCCCAAGUGGGCCACACGUGUUCGCCACUCUCUCGCCUGUCGCUCGUGGUUUCACCAUCUUAGAAGGCUUUCUAGAUUUUUAUUACCCCGUAAGUUAAUCUUCACGGCGGAAUCUCGUCUGCAUACUUAGUCAAACACACCCUCACGUGACCAGUUGUCUCUUUAUCACGUGAUAGACGAGUCCAUUUCUUUGAGUUUCAUAGUAAAGGAUAAUACAUUUCCGUAAGAAAAAGAAACACAUUUAUGUCAUUGACAAAAAAAGGAGGGGACAGUAUAUUCAAAACUGCAAAGCUGUUCGUGGGGGUAACAUGAACUAAUGUUAGGGCUGUUCAAUAUGGUAAAACCGAACCGUACCGAACCGAACCGAACCGAAAUAGAUAAUAUGGUUUGGUUUUGGUAUAUACCAUAUAAACCGAAUGGAUAUAAUUUUAUAAAAAUCGUAGGAUUUGGAUAUGGUUUGGUAUAUAACCGAUUAAACCGAAUAAACCGAACAAAACCGAUUAAAAGUAAAAACAUG